GUAUGAAAUUCACCCAACAGAAAAAGCAUUAGAUAAAAUAGGGGGAAGACACAGAACGCCCAAAUGAAAAAGCGAAAAGCUGAUGGGUCGCUUUAUAAUAGGAGCGGACUCGCUUUUCUACUAAUUCCCUACAUACCAACCAAACCCUUCCUUGAAUCAAAUUCCUCUUUUUUGAAAACCACAAAUUUCGUACAGACGACGAUCCGUCCGUUUCCCGUUCAGAUGUUCCGUCGAAAUGCACUCCAUUUUCGUCUCUGAUCCAAGCUUGUUCCGCUUCCGUUUCGAAUUCGUCGCAGUCGGUGCCUGAUUGCUGUAAAGUAGGUUGCAAGAUUGAGAAUAAGGGAGAAGGCAAUUUGGAAGAAAGAAAUGUCAUUUGGACCUGUGCAUGCCCAGAGGUAGAGAGAGAUAAUGUUAGCAGAGAGUGAGGGUGGGGAGGAAUCUCUUCAACGGGAUUUUGAGGCUUUGAGCGUGUCAAAACGGCUUGUCAGGAAUGUUAGCAAGAAGUUGAGGAAGAAAGAACAUAGACACAGGGGUGAGCUUGAGGACGAAGAUGAUGCCAGAGGAGUUUCUGUGAAAUGUCUUACUUUAUAUGGUAGAGGUGGUGGUUGCAAAGUUGGUGCAUACACAAGUGAGGAAUUUGGGGAUCCAUUAGUAAGGAGGAGGUCAAGUGCUAGUGAAGAGGGGAAGCUGUAUAAAACAAUUUGUGGUGCUGAGGAGAAUAAUGUGGAUUGCCUUUCAUAUGGGAUGAAGGAGAGGUUUUGGAAGAAAAACUACCGAAAGGAUUUAGAGCUUGAGGAAAGGAAUAGCAGGAUGCACAUUUUUCUUCCAGAUGACAUUCUUGAGAUGUGUCUGGUGAGGUUACCAUUGACUGGUCUAAUGAAUGCUCGCCUUGUCUGCAAAAGAUGGAGAUACUUGACUACCACUCCUCGAUUUAUGCAGAUGAGACGGGAAGGUUCUUUUCAGAAUCCAUGGUUAUUUCUGUUUGGUGCUGUUAAAGAUGGCUAUUGUUCUCGAGAGGUACAUGCAUUUGAUGUGUCUCAACAUCAAUGGCACAAGAUUAAUGCUGAUAUUCUUAAAGGAAGGUUUAUGUUCUCUGUUGCUAGCAUACAGGAUGAAAUUUAUAUUGUUGGAGGUUGUUCAAGCUUGCCCAACUUUGGGAGGGUGGAUAGGAGCUCAUUCAAGACACACAAAGGUGUAUUGGUCUUCAGCCCAUUGACAAAGUGUUGGCAUAAAGCUGCAUCAAUGAAGUACCCUAGAUCAAUGGCUAUUUUAGGAAUAUCUGAAGUCAGUUCAGAUUUCUUGGUCAUUCAAAGCCAUCAAAAUCGGCAUGACAGGCGGCUCGCUAGAUCACGUAUUGGUGGUGUGUCAGAUGUUUAUGAGGAUCCUCACAGACUUUCAUUGAGACGUCAACACAGAAAUGCUUUUGAUGAAAAUGAAUCUUCAUUAAUGCCCAAUGGAAAGUCAUACAGGCAUAUGAGACAAAGAAGUCAACAAACAAACUCAAGGGGUUAUAGAAGGUUUGUAUUGAUUGCUGUUGGAGGUCUUGGAUCAUGGGAUGAGCCACUGGAUUCUGGGGAAAUCUAUGAUUCAGUGUCAAACAAAUGGAGUGAAAUCCAGAAGUUACCCAUAGAUUUCGGGAUUGUUUGUUCUGGUGUUGUUUGUAAUGGAAUGUUUUAUGUUUACUCCGAGACUGAUAAGUUGGCAGGAUAUGACAUAGAAAGAGGCUUCUGGAUUGCUAUUCAGACCUCCCCAUUUCCUCCUCGUGUUCAUGAGUACCGGCCAAAACUCGUGUCCUGCAAUGGCCGCUUGUUCAUGCUUUCUGUCUCAUGGUGUGAAGGGGAUGGUCAGAUUGGUCAGAGAAACAAGGCUGUUAGAAAAUUGUGGGAGCUUGAUCUCAUGUAUCUUACCUGGGCUGAGGUCUCAGUGCACCCUGAUGCCCCAAUGGACUGGAAUGCCACAUAUGUCGCUGACAAGAAUCUGAUAUUUGGGGUUGAAAUGUGCAAAAUAUUUGGUCAGGUGUUGGACUUCUUGACUGUAUGCCAAGUGUCUGAUAGUGGAAUGAACUGGAAACAUAUUUCAAGGAAUCGCGUGGCUCAUAAACUUGAUGCUUCUUCAUGCAUGACCAAGACAAUGACUGUGCUACAUCUGUAAUGCACCAGUAAUUCACUAUGCUUCUUUGUGCAGCAUUUCAUGUAGUUUCUCCACCAUUGUUCAUAAAUUGACCAUGUAUUUCCUUCCUUGCUUCAGCUGCCCAAUAAUACAUCUUGUUUGUUCUACUCUGUUUCGAGCCAUUGUAGCAUUCAUUUUCAGUGAAAACAAGAAGGAAAAACUUUGUUCCAAUUUUGUCCUUCUGGUUCUGUAUUUACUUAUUGUUCCAGAACAGAAUCCUCGAUGCCUAGGAGAUCCUGCAAUUUCUGUUAUUCUUGUUCUGUAUUUACGUAUGGUGCCAAGGAGACCCAGCAUGUUGUUCCAUUGCAGUCAUGGAUAAUGUUUGGAGCAAAGAAAUAAUCUGGGAAUAG